UUUGGACAUUACGAAAGGUGAGUCGAGGAAAACAACGAAAAUGAAGUGAUGUUCUAGACGUGAGAUCUUACAGGAAAGUUGAGAAUCUGUAGAACCACGCCAUGGCGGCGCAUCGACGGUUCAAUAUCCCUCUGCAUUCCAACGAUGCAUUGAAAACUAUGAACGAUCUGCGAAGAAAAGGUGAACUAUGCGACGUAGUUCUCCAUGUCGACGGUCGACAAUUUCCCGCGCACAGAAUUGUUCUCGCUGGAGCCAGUUCUUACUUACGAGCCAUGUUUACAAAUGGUAUGUUGGAAAGUGGCAUGAAAGACAUUAAACUACAAGGCGUUGAAGCGAGUGUAAUGGAGGGAUUACUCGAUUUUGCUUAUACAGGAGCCAUCGAUAUCAGUGUGGAGAACGUACAGGCGCUUUUAUCUGCCGCUUCGUUGUUAAACCUGCAGAGCCUGAGAACAGUUUGUUGUGGUUUUCUUCAGACACACCUAGAUGCUACGAACUGUCUCGGUAUCCGAGCAUUUGCAGAUCUCUAUUCGUGUUCAGAACUUGAAGAAGCUGCUUAUCGAUUUGUACGUCAACACUUCCUGGAUGUAGCGAAAGGUGAAGAAUUUUUACAAAUGCCAAAACAAGCCUUGAGGAAUCUUCUUCGCGAAGACCUACUUCAGGUUCGUUCUGAGAAUCAAGUGUUUGAGGCAGUGGAGGCGUGGAUUUUACACGAUUUCUGUCGACGGAAGGAUUAUGCUGUGGAGCUCUUAAGUCACGUUAGGCUUCCUUUGCUAAGUCUCGAAUUUCUCGAAGCCCGAGUGUUUCCAUCAAAAAUUAUCAAGAACAAUGCGGAUUGUCAGCUCUUAUUGGCCAAAGUUCUAAACGAGAGCGCUCGUAAUUUGCCUCGUUACAUGACACUACCUCGAGCUCAACCGCAAGCCGUGUAUGUAAUAGGCGGACGAAAUGGUAUUGAUUGUCAGCUUUCAAGUUUAGAGAGAUAUGAUACAUUGACAAACCAAUGGAUCAUGCUGCAGAACAUGAAAUAUCCAAGAACUGCAGUUGGGGCUUGUAGCCUGAACGGAAUUCUUUAUGUGGUAGGGGGUGAGUGUGCCGUUAGUGCUCCUCAUGAUGACACUAUGUAUGUGCGACAUGCAGAAUGCUAUGAUCCGGCAGUGAAUCAGUGGAUUUCACUUGCUGACAUUGCCAUUCAGAGGUCAUUUAUUGCAGUGACGGCAUUGAAUGGUUAUGUUUAUGCUCUGGGAGGUGAAGACAGAACAUGCAGUUAUAACUAUGUAGAACGAUAUGACCCAAAAACAGAUCACUGGAGUACAGUUCAGUGUAUGCGAAGGAAGAGAUCUGGUGCAGGAGUUGCUGUUUGUGAUGGGAAGCUGUACAUUGCUGGAGGUUAUGAUCGAGGUGUUCACAGUGAUAGAGCAAGUGUUGAAUGCUAUGACCCUGAUACAGACACAUGGACAUUUGUAACAGAACUCGAAAAAGCACGCUCUGGCAUGUCAUUAGUGGCUCUCAACAACUACUUAUAUGCAUUGGGAGGUCGAAACAGAAGCACGGAUCAUUACUUUGAUCUUGCAGAAAGGUACAACACGCAGACCCAUCAAUGGCAGCCAGUUGCUCCAUUGAACACACCAAGGGCGUGGCCAUCAGUAGCAGUGUAUGACAAUAAGAUUUUUGUGUUAGGUGGAUUUGAUGGUGCUCACAGACUGUCCAGUGUUGAAGUGUACGAUCCAGAAACAGACACUUGGCGUUUUGUACAGGACAUGAACAUUUGCCGUGCGGGUUGUGGUGCAGCUGUGUUGUAAUUUGAAAGUGACAAGUAGGUGCACAACACUGGUUGUACAGGAGCCUGGAAAGUUCACCGUCAGGAUUUUAACCAGGAAAUUACUUUUUACAAUGUUUUUACCUAGUUGCAAAUUUGAUAGCAAAAAUCAACAGCAAAUAUCAAGGUGAGUUUUGUAUUGAAAAAGAUGACCAGUACACAAGGACAAAUUAGUUAAGGAGUGCUAUUGAAAAAAUGUAGACUGUCUUUGAAUUCAGCUUUAUUUUGAUGUUAUCGUUAGAAACGAGCUUGGCAGUAAGGCUUCCAUUUUCUGUAUGUUCAGAACUGUCAGUGUUGAACAAUGAAAAUGCCCCAGGAAUUCACAGUAGGUUUGUGUGUGUGACAGAAAGUGUUGUGCAGUUUGUUAAGGGACCUGAAAUAAGUACCACUAGCAUGGAAUUUUUUCCAAGAAUUUUCAAACAAUCUGUGAUUGUUAUGAUCACCGUGUUGCUGUGUAGCAGAUAACUGUCAUAAAUGCUGUAAAAAUACCCGCUAUCUUUUUUACUUAAGUAACAAGGAUCACACAGUGUGCAAUAAACUCCUCCUUCAACAACUGAG